AUGGCGAAGACUGUCAACAACGUCACCCCGCCGACCAAGGAGUCUGAGCAACCCCGAGCCACCACCGUCACUGCGGCGGCCGCGGUGGAUGUGGGCUCCAACACGACCACGGGGGUCACCUCCCGCCGCCAGGUGUGCGAAGGUGCCUACUUUUGCGACUGCUGCCUCUGCAUUUGUGGCGCGUCGGUUGAGUACCCCGGCGACGUCUGCUGCGUCUGCAGCAAGUACCAUUAA